AUGUCAUUUCUAAAUAUUUCUCUGGCAAGUAUAAAAACUAAGGAAAUGAGCAACUCCAGUGUCGUCGAUGAAGCAAUUAGGUUCCUUGCACCCUUCUUAGAGAAAAAACUUUAUUGCCAAGAGAAAAAACCCUUAGUUAUUGGAAUCGAAGGACCACAGGGCUCUGGUAAGACCACAGCUGCUACCAACAUCAGAGUGAAGUUAUUGGAAAAAAUCAAUUGUAACAUUGUGCAAUUUUCUAUGGAUGACUUUUAUCUGACCUUUGAACAACAACUAAACUUGAACAGAGAAAACCAAGAUAAUAAACUGCUACAGGGUCGAGGACUGCCUGGAACACAUGAUGUAGAGUUGUUGAUGAAAAUAUUCAAGGAUUUGAUUGACAUUGAUCACGACAAAUCACCAGUUAAGAUUCCCGUCUACGAUAAAUCGUUGCACAAUGGAAAGGGCGACCGUUUGCCCCUUGAAAAAUGGAAUGUAGUUGAAAAGAGAGUCGAUCUAAUUAUAUUUGAAGGCUGGUUUAAUGGAUACACAUCCAUCAAUACUGAGGAAACGCUCAUUCGAAAAUGGAAUAGCAUCAAAGCUACCCAUCCCCGUAAGUUCGGUGAUGUGGAAGACAGACAUAUCCAAAAAAUUAAUUGCGACUUGAGGCGAUAUGAACAGAUUUGGGGGCUUUUCGACCUCUUUGUAUGUAUCAAAACUGAAAACAUCAACAAUGUAUAUAGGUGGAGAUUACAGCAAGAGCAUGCUUUGAUUAAGAAAAAAGGAUCAGGAAUGACUGAUAUGGAAGUAGAGACAUUUGUUGAUCGAUAUAUGCCUGUUUAUUAUCUUUACUAUGAUGGCCUAGGGAAAACCGAAGAAAAGAUCAACUCCCUAGAACUAGACAUUGAUGAAUUCAGAAAUCUGGUAAACUCUAACUAUAUCAUGCAAUAG